CUUGUUGGCUGACAGUGAAGACGUCAACUCAACAAAAUCAUCAAAACCAAAGUAUUUUAAAAUGCAUUGAAAUUAUUACAUUAAAUAUUUUUAAUCAGAAUAUUCAAUUAUGGCUUGGUUUCAAAAUCUGGCAGGUCGGGCUGAAGACCUUUUAAAUAAAAUUGAUCAAAAUGCCGCAACUGUUUUAAACGAUAGUACUUCAAAAUUGACUGAAAUUAAUGAAACCCCGGUACAGGAUCCUAUAAGCGAUACAAUAAUAAGCAAUAAAGAAUGGGAAAAUGGAAAAGUUAAGUCUGGCAAUGGAACUUUGAAUGUAGCAAGUCGAAACUCCAGUUUUAAUAUUACACCAAUAAAAGAGAGAAGUCCUGUGAUGGAAGUACGUCAUAUGUUAACAGAACCAGAUAUGCCAACAAGCUCAAACGCAAGUGUAUUGGAAGAUAGUGUUUUGGAUGAAUCAAUAAGAAGUUCUGCAAAAAGUGAUAAAAUGUCGUCAUCAAGCUCAGUUCAUAAUAGUUUUAUUUUAGCCCAAGAAACCCAUAUUCUAGAUCAAAAAAUUGCUAAGUUAGAAUUAGAUAACCAGGAUCUCAAUAAACAGCUCCUAAACAUGCAACAUCUUUAUUCAGACUUGAGAAACGAAAAUUUCAACCUUCAGUUUCAGAUGGAGAAAGCCAGUGAGCAAGUAACUGAAGCUCAAAUUGAAAAGGAUCAAUAUAUUGCUAGGGCUCAGAGAAUUUUGCAGGAAAAGGAAAAGCUUAUUUCGUUAAAACAAGAGAACCAAUCAAGUGAAAACAAUGAUAACAUAUUUAUAACUUAUAAUGAAGAGCUCAAAAAAGAACUAGAAUUUCAUCAAAACAAAUCAGAUGAAUUGACACAAAAGAAUGCUCACUUAUUAAAAGAGAUACAGUCACUUCAGAUGCAACAUCAAGUUAUUCAGAGUGGUCUACAAUCUACUAAUCAAAGUCUGGAACAAACUUUAGCGAAUGAAAAGAAGAUCAGGGCCAUAGCAGAAGAAGAUUGUCUGCAAAAAAACAAUGAAUUAUAUAAAGCACUUCAAGAGAUUAAUCAACUUCAACAAUUAGUAAAAUCAAAAACAAAUGAAAUUAUGAUGUUUCAAGAUGCUAUGAAGAAUAAAAGUAAUGUAGCAGCAAACGAAGAUAUUGAAUCCCGAAUCAAAUCUUUAACACAAACACUGAUGGUUAAGCAAAACAAUUUGGAGACUGUCACCACUGAAAGGAAUGCGUUAAGGCUACAAAUAGAAAAACUAGAAAAUGAAUACAAGAAAAAUUUUGUCCAAGUGAAUCGAUCUCAAGCCAAAAUUAUCAACAUAACAGAAUCAGAUGAUUCGAUACCAGUUCCAAAAUUUAUGCGUGUAUCCCCAUUUGAUGCCGGGGUUACUCGCAGAGUCAAACAUGCAUAUUCAACUCUUGAUGCUGUUAGUAUCAGAACUGGAGUAUUUCUUAGACGAUAUCCAGUAGCUCGAGUUUGUGUUUUUAGUUAUAUGGUUCUGCUGCAUACCUGGGUGUUCAUCAUUCUAUUCCUGUAUGCUCCUAGCAACCGCUAGAUAAUAAACUGUUACAUUAUUUUAUAUAUAGUUUAUUUUAAUAAAAUAUCCCUGGUGAUUUUUAUUUAUUUAUAUUAUCCAGUUUGAACUGUACAUAUAUAUUUUUUAAUAAAUUACAUGUUAUACAAUA